AUGUCUGUACGUCCACAGUCGGAUGUCAUUCAAGAGGUCCGCAAGGCCCUCGCGAAGUAUCAGUCGAGACUCAGCGAGAUCAACCAGAAGAUCUGGUCAAACCCCGAACUGGCUUUCGAGGAGCACAGCGCACACGACGACAUCAGCGCCUUCUUCGACAGCCUCGCAAACAGCGGCUACAUCGUCCAACGCAAAGCAUACAACGUCGACACCGCACUGGAAGUAUCCUACGCACGAGGAAAAGGAGGAAGAGUCAUCACCUUCAACGCAGAAUAUGACGCCCUUCCGGGAAUCGGACACGCCUGCGGACACAACCUCAUCGCCACAAGCUCCAUGGCCGCAUACCUCGCAACCUGCGAGACCAUGAGCACCCUCUACGGCGACGACAUCGGGUACACGAUCCGACUCCUUGGAACGCCCGCCGAAGAAGGUGGUGGUGGAAAGAAUCUCCUCAUCAAGGCCGGUGCAUACAAAUCCGUCGAUGCGUGCUUCAUGGUUCAUCCGUUCCCUCUGCUGUCCGGCAAUCCCACGCUCCUUAGCGCCAGUUCUUGUACCGGGAUGUACUUGGCCAAUGACAAGGUCGCUGUUACAUAUACCGGCAAGCCUGCGCAUGCGUCUGCUGCACCUUGGGAGGGAGUUAAUGCGCUUGACGCUGUUGUCGCGGCGUAUGUGAAUAUCUCAAUGUUGAGGCAACAGAUCUUGCCGACGCAGAAGAUUCAUGGUGUUGUACUGCGCGGUGGGGAGCGUCCGAAUGUUAUUCCUGCUUCUACGACGGUGGAGUAUUAUAUUCGGUCGCCGACUGCUGCGUCGUUGAAGCCUCUCACUAAGCGAGUGGUGGAUUGCUUUGAGGCUGCGGCGACUGCUACGGGGUGUACGGUUGAAUAUGAAUGGGAGCAAUCGUACAAGGAUAUGAAAGCCAACCGUCCCAUUUGCGAGUCUUUUACGGACGUCAUGAAUGAGAUGGGGCAUAGUACGAUCUUUGAUGCUGCCAGCCAGGAUGGUGGAUUGAGUGGUGGAUCUACGGAUAUGGGCAAUGUCUCGUAUGAAGUCCCUGGCUUCCACGGCGGAUUCUAUAUCCCCGCCGACGGCGUCAAUCAUACACCUCAGUUUACUGCUGCUGCUGGGUCGGAGGAGGGAUUCAAGCGCGCUUUGUACUCUGCUGCCGGCAUGGCUGUUGUUGGAUGUCGUGUUUUGGCAGAUGAUGCCUUUGCGAGAUCUGUAAAGGAAGAUCUAGACGCGUAG